AUGGCCAUCAGGCUGGGGUGCGCAGGAGCUUCGGUGUUCCCGUGGACAAAGUGUCCAGUCGCAUCGAUAGGCGCGCCAGACAUUGUAUGGGACUCGUACGGUGGAAGGCCUAGAAGAAAGCAGACAGAGAAGAACGAAACAGACCGAGGGGAAGAGGCGUGGACGAUGGUUGCAAAGGUCAGGCCAACCACCUUUUAUAAACAAACGGGGGUGUCCCCACGGACUCGCGCCUACCGCAUUGGCGAUACAGACGUGAGCCAGCAGCUAGGUAUCCAAGUCCCUGGAGGCGCCAAGAUGAAGCAUCGCUCUAAGUUCCAGCGGUAUUAUUGGGCAGAUCUCGUGUGCUCCGAAACAGACGUCAUUGACUGCACGUUAGAUCGUAUUGACCUGUUUACCGAAGGGAUGGACUAUCAUCGCAUUCCUCACGCCUUUGGGCGCAAUGCGGGCACAUUCCUCCGGCCUCUUCAACAACAACCGCCCUCGCCCAGCCUGAGAUGGCUUUUCCGCCACCAUCAUCAUGCUCAUGUCUGUCUCUCAUCUCUAAGCCUACGUCUGGCCAAGCAUUGCAGCAGUGCGGCAUAUUUUCGAACGUCCAGGGCUAGGCACACCCCGGGAGGGCGAAGGGGCAUCAUGAUAGCGUUGACAACGGCCGUCGCGAUAGCGGUUACCUGCUCAGUUAUUUUCAUGGUUUCUGCAGUGGUAAUUACUAUCAUCUGGAUCAAGAUCCGCCAGGAACGGAAAUCGCUUGCAAUCAUACGCCACCCCCACGGACCUUACGCUCAUGGACUCUCGACCUUCCCAGCAGAAACAUUCACUGAGCUAUCACGCGAAGAAGGCUCUGCCCUCAGACAGUAUGGCCAGCUGCCAUAUGGUAGACCAACUGAAUGGGGUCUGUUGGCUUCAAGAGAGAGCCUGGACCCAUCUGGUGGCGACAAGUCGCCAAUUAAGCUGCUGAAAAAGACGCGCAGCUUCUCCCUGAAACACUCCAUAUCGUCGAAGUCGAAGCGAGAACCGAAAAACCUGGCCAAGCCAGCAUCCUUAGUAGCUUUGGAAGAAACUUCAGAAGAUCCUCAGUCUCAGGUGUCAGCUUCGAAAGAGAACUUGAUUGUAUCAGCGGUUGACGGGGUACUGGAGCUUCCAGCAGAGACAACACCCCGGCAAACACCAGAGAAGGAGGAAGGUCAGCCGAGUACGGCUAAUACCAUUCGCCCUGUUUCGGGCGGCUGGCCGUUGCUUCGCCAGACAGAACGCCCAAAUGCUCUGUUCCCUGUUUUCGAGGAUCAUCACGAAGGCACUGGAACCAACGGAACCCGGGUUCGAGGUGGCAGCAUCACUUCCCAAACACCUGGGAUGGCACCAGACCAGCCCGUUCCACCCCCUCCUUGUGCGUAUCCUCCGAACCGUUUCCGCUUAUCAAAGAAUGACUCGAUUCGGUUCUCGUCUGUCAGCAUUGAAACAGCCGACAGCUCAAUUCUAGACGAGAGCCGAAGGACAUCCGCGAAUGUCGAUGGCAGUCUCUCAUCUCCGGCGUUGCCUCCCUGUCCCACGUUUAUGCCAUUCAGUGCAAAUGAUGUUGGAAAAGAGUGUGACCGCCUGAGCUUUGCGGCCAACGGAGCCCCAUAUAUCUUCCCUCCCAGUUCUCCUGCGCGCAAAGGACAAAGAGUGGACGAGCGUUCCCCCCCUCGUCGCAGCUUGACUGCGUGUGGCCCUACUCGCUCGUCCGAACGAGUUAGCCCACCACCAAGACGGAGCGAAUCUUUGUCUGCCAGGCAAUCUCUGGACAAUACAGCCAGAGCAUACCUUGAUUUGGACCAUAUUCCACCGCUGAAUACCAGGAACCGCAAUAACGGCUUGCUACCGCAAUUUACUCAAUUGCAGCGCCACUCAAUGCAUGCCAGUUUGCCAAGGGACAACGAUCCUUUUUACAAUGGAACGGACACUCUAUACAGUUUCACAUAUCACCCACAGACCACGGGAAGACGAGCGAGUAGCUUUCAGCCACAAGAAACACCGUCUCAGAUCGCAAACAGUCAUCCGAGGCUGCCGUUGACAUCCGCUAUGAAAAGUAGCGGGCAACGAAAAGGACACAGACGACAGAACUGUGUACGCAUCUCCAUUCAUCCACCAAUCACUUUCGGUGGACCUGCGUUCUCCCCAAUGGUUGAAGAACCAGAAGACGCCGAAGAAUUGAACAAUCGCCGUUCCGAGAUAUCUGACCUGUCCACAUCAAAUAUUUCACGAAAUUCCAGUGUGUCCGCCAUGUCCACCACGAACAGAAGCAGCUUCCAGAGUAACAAGUCAGACCGUCCAAGCUCGCGAAUAGUUGAUGUGGCCACAGACAAGCGGAUUGACUCUUCCGGUAGUCCAGUCAAGAAGAAAAGGCAUACACAACAAGAACCAGCUUUUGCCAACGCGAAAGCAUUACCUGAAAUUUUCACAAGCUUGCCAACAACCGUAGAAAAAGAUAGCUUGUCUCAGACUCCAUCUCCGGAGCGUAACCCGCUCAUAUGGAAAAUUCCGUACCAAGCCUCGCCCACUUCGCUUGAGAAUCCGCCAACUCCUGGAAGUCCUCGCCGGUCAGCAGUUAUGGGCCCGCGCACCCAACCCAGGCCCGCACGCAAUAGCUAUCAAUCGCUGAUUCCGUCUGGGGAUACCAACAAACCAUCCUCUCCGCCAUCAAUCCGCCCUACUCGCAAUAAUACCGUGAAGGAUACACGCAGAAAGCAGUCCCCCUCACCAAGACGAGCCAAGAGUGAAGCAAAAGAGCGAAUAUCACCGUCCAGCCACACUCAGAACGGCAAACGGUCUAGUCACGCCCCGACCAGUGACAUAUCUAGUAACACUCAGUCAAAGAUUGCAGGAACACAAGUUAGCGCCAUCGUCCCAAUUUGGGAAGAUCGAAACAAGAGUGAAGUACAGAAGACGCCGCGACGGUCAACGGUCUCUCUCGUCUAUGAUCCUCUCAGCCUAAACGAGAAGAGUGAUAUCUCCCCCAAGCGCAGUCAAGCUGAUAGGCUAGCGCGCAUGUCUAGCUUCAAGAACUCCAAGCGUGGCUGUACGACUCCAGCGAGAAAGACUGUCGGGUUGGGUAUUGGUGCGGCAACGCCGGGGAGUCUGUACGACGGGGAUGGCUUCUUGAAGGAGUAA